AUGUCGACUGCAAGAAUCCAACCAACAGUAUCAGCAGCUUGUGUUCUGUCUUCCACCAUCAAACACCACUUCGGUUCAACAACUCUCCGUCUCCCUACAAACGACGCUGCUGCAUUUAGACGCCAAAGAAUCAAAAGAAACCUCACUGUUUCAAUGGCUAGUGCUUCAGUUACGAAUCCUCUUGAAAUCUGUGUCAAAGCUUCUGUUACUGUCCCUGAUAAACUCGGUGACUGUCCUUUCUGUCAAAGGGUAUUGCUUACUUUGGAGGAAAAGCAUCUGCCUUAUGACAUGAAGUUGGUUGAUUUGAGUAACAAACCUGAAUGGUUUUUGAAACUAAACCCAGAAGGUAAAGUUCCUGUGAUAAAGUUUGAGGAGAAGUGGGUUUCAGAUUCAGAUGUUAUAACGCAAGCACUGGAAGAAAAGUUUCCGGAUCCACCUUUGGCAAUCCCACCUGAAAAGGCUUCAAUAGGCUCAAAGAUCUUCUCUACAUUUAUUGGAUUUCUCAAAAGCAAAGACCCCAAUGAUGGAACAGAGCAGGCAUUGCUCAGUGAGCUUAGUGCUUUCAAUGAUCAUAUCAAAGAGAAUGGGCCUUUUAUCAAUGGGGAAAAGGUGUCUGCAGCUGAUUUGGCCCUUGGACCAAAGCUGUACCAUCUGGAGAUUGCUCUGGAGCACUAUAAGAGCUGGUUGGUACCAGAAUCACUUCCCUAUGUAAAAUCCUACAUGAAGCCAAUGAAUGCAGACUUUGACUGUGGUCUUUUACCUGCCCUUUCUGGUUAUAAAAAGAGGCGAACUGCUGCCUUUGGAACAUAUAUAAACAAUGUUAUGCAGUUUAGGAAUAUGGAAACCUCUCCAUCCAUCAAUCUCUUCACUGAUUUCUUGAAGAACCAUGGAUAUGCGUAUCGAGCUUUCCUCCGAGAAUUCAACAGGUACCAAGAAGGGCACAAGAGCAAACAUGACCUCUACUGUGACAUGGUUGUUCUUGUUCAUCAAAACAAGGAUUUUCUAACAGAACUCAGAAGAGUAUUGAUAGAUUCUACAUCAAAUACUGAUGCUGCUACUGCUUAG